AUGCAGAGGCAACAAAGAUACUGAUAACUAUAGGGCAACCUCAGGUGUUUGGAACGCCAACCCUUGAGCGCACAUAAAUCUUGCGCAUGGAAGGCAGGGCACUUCCUGGUUUUUCCUCAAUUUGUUCCUUGCUUGUCAAAGAGCUUUCUAGAUUAAGUAUAGAGGGAAAAGGGCACGCACCCAACCAGUAGGUCUGCACGUAUUGUCAUUUCCAUAUGAAUAACCGGAAACAUCGAAACCAAGUGGUUUUGUAGUUUAACGAUGUACUCAACACGUCAAGCGUGAAUCGUGAGACACAUCAAGGGGUGUACUGCUAACUAACCCCACGCUAGCAAGCAUAACUAAUUAUCUAACGUGAUCUAGCUAAUUAUCUACAAUAAUCUACGACUAGCUGUUGUGAAUGGUGUAACGUUACCUAGCUAACGUUAGCGUGCCAGACAUUAAAAAAGAGGACUCCUCGACCAGGAAAGGGCAGCAUGCGGCGAGAGCUGCGGCCGUUCUAGAAUGAAGAAGAGCCCGGCGCACCGUUGCAGGGACAUCGAGAGGCAAGCCGGCUACCUGCAGCCUGAGCACUGCGCCCCUCCCCCAACCUGCCCUCGCUCCGACGCCAUGUGGUUCAUCCGCGACUGCUGCGGCAUCGUAUGCGGCGUCAUCACCUGGUGCCUGGUGUUCUAUGCCGAGUUCGUGGUGCUCUUCGUCGUGCUGCUGCCCGCCAAGAACCUGCUCUAUAGUCUAAUCAACGGUGCACUGUUCAGUGUCCUCGCCUUCCUCGCCCUGGCCUCACACGCCCGGGCCAUGUGCACAGACCCGGGUGCGGUGCCUAAAGGGAACGCGACCAAGGAGUUUAUCGAGAGCCUGCAGCUAAAGCCCGGUCAGGUGGUCUACAAAUGUCCCAAGUGCUGCAGUAUCAAGCCCGACAGAGCUCACCACUGCAGUGUGUGUAAACGCUGUAUCAAGAAGAUGGACCACCAUUGCCCAUGGGUAAACAACUGCGUAGGAGAGAAGAACCAGAAAUUCUUUGUCCUUUUCACAAUGUACAUUGCACUGAUAUCCCUCCAUGCCCUGGUCAUGGUUGCCUUUCAUUUUAUCUUCUGCUUUGAGUCAGACUGGACAAAGUGCAGUACAUUCUCUCCUCCAGCCACCGUCAUCCUCCUCAUCCUCCUCUGCUUUGAGGCACUCCUCUUCCUCAUUUUCACCUUGGUGAUGUUUGGGACCCAGGUCCAUUCCAUCUGUAACGAUGAGACGGGCAUAGAGCAGUUGAAAAAGGAGGAGAGAAGAUGGGCUAAAAGGACAAAGUGGAUGAACAUGAGGGUGGUAUUUGGCCAUCCGUUCUCUAUAGCCUGGCUAAGUCCCUUUGCAACACCUGACCACGGGAAGGCAGACUAUUACCAGUACGUUGUCUGAGGUGGGAAGCCAUGCUCCAGCACCCAUGCUACCAGCCUCUUUCAGGGUGCGGACUGAUGAUGCGUACAGGCGAUAGUCUUCCCGCCGCCUGACUUCACUGAGCAUGAACUCUUCUGACACUUCUCCUUUUCUGUUUUUGGUAAUUUUUCUUCUUUGUGAAAACAUCUUUAUCUGCUUGUUUUUAAUGCUUGUCACAUCUUUUAGUUUAUUUCUUUGCCAGGUGCUGAUUUGGAUAUCUGCAUGAAAUAUAAGCUAUGUUCCCUUCUGUUCACAAUCACUGCCAAGCCCUACAAAACCAUCAACUGUAAAAUGCCUCUCUGCUUUUCUUUCUCAUGUUUACCAUUGAAGAAAGCACUUACUGAUGUAACCUGGCCAGAGCCUGUAUCUGAGCUGGCUAAAAACUGGGCUUUGCCUUUGGGAUAGAAAUGGAAAUGAUCAUAAACCCAAAGUAUUUCCUGUAUUUGGUCAUUUCCUGUUUGAGGACUAGGCCUAAACAAAGCAAACGCAUGAGCUGAAUUCAUAUUGUUUUCGUCCACUGAAAAGCCAAUCAGUUCCGAUAGGCAGAUUUUGUCUUCCAAUGUUGCAGUACCUCUGCCUAUCUAUAAUGUAGCCUAAAUGAUGUAAGCUAUAGCUUUGGUGCCAGUGCCACACUGUUGGAGUACUAACGGCCCACAAGGCAUUACGUUUGUGGUUUAGAACAGCCAAAUCAUUUGCUGCAAGCUGCAGAUUCUUUGCCUUAUAGGACAGUACAUCAUGGACAACGGCAGUUGGGAUUUUUGUAACUCUGUAACCUUAAGUUUAAGUUGAAUAGGGUAUUUGCUUCCUCUCACUGGCUGUCAGUCAUGUCUAUGUGCAGGACGGGUCCCCUCCAAAAGUCAUGACAGGAUGAAGAUGAGAUUGGGAACAACAAUGGAUUGAAAGUCCAACUGUGGAACUGGCUGGUGGCAGUGGUGGAUGGUUCUGUUGUUCCACUGUGUGGCAUGAUGUCUUACUGGCUGGUGUAUGUGACAACUGUUUCUAUAGAAAAAUUAACAUAAUGCCCUCUGAGAUUUUCAAUUGGUCACCCAAUAACUAGAAAACUGGUCAAUCAAAUGUACAGUACCAGUCAUAAGUUUGGACACAACUACUCAUUCCAGGAUUUUUCUUUAUUUUUAC